UCUCCUGCGCAGCCCCGGCCGCGCGGAGCUUCGCCUCGGCCCCGGUGCCGCUGGAAGCGCCUCCAGUGGCCCGGCUGGGCUUCCCUGCUUCUGGGGACCCCUUUGGUCCUUGGAUGGGAGGCCACCGGGAGAUGCCCGAGGGAGCCUGGACUGGGAAGCCGGGAGGGCUGGACUGCACAGACCAGCGGAUUCAACCAGACCCGUUUUCGGCUGUAGAGAUCCCAGGGUGGAUCAGGACAGCAAGAGCCAGGUCCUUGGUGUUUGAGGCAGCAGGGACAGGAGAUGGAUCUGGUUUUGGCAAAAGCAGCCCCCAUCAGGAGGAACCUUUUCGGACCGGUGGACCACGAACAUUUGCAGCAGGAGUUCCAGAGCCUGAUGAGAUCCAGCAUGGAACAGGCGAAGCAACGGUGGAACUUUGACUUCUUCCAGGACGUGCCCGUCGUGGGCCUUCUCCAGUGGGAAGAGCUGCAGGGCCACGAGGUUCCUGCCUUCUACCACACGCACGUGGCCAGGGAGCCUCGCCCGCCUCUGCAGCCCGUGAACAGGACUGUGGACAGAGAAGGGCCAGUUCACCCCCUGGACAGAGAGACAGAAAGAUUCAGGUCGAUCAAAACAGCCACGGGAGCGAAGAAGCGAAGGCAGACACAUUUGACAGAUUAUUAUACAACGAAGAAGCAGAUCAAAACAGAUAUGCAAACACCAGUAAAGAAAUUGAGCUUCUAAACUGGAGCAUCAUGGGGUGGAUCGCUUCCCAGAUUUCUUCUUUUUUUUUUUUUUCCCUAAAAGAACUUCCAAGCUUAUACAACACCUCAGAAUGAUAUAUACCUAGAACUAACACUUUGUAGCUUCGCAGAGAAGAACAAUGAAAAUGGGAACAGUUAUUAAAAGAACAACAAAACAACUCUUAUGAAACGGCAGUCCAUCCAAAUAAACUGAAUAGCUCAGGAAACUUUUUUUUUUAAAAAAAAAACUGAUCGUCAAAUAUGAAAAAGGAGGAUUGCAGCAACAAUCCUUGCUUAGCGUAACACUGUCAGAAAUGUUUAAAAUACUGCACAUGCCCAAAUGGUGAGCAGCAUUCUACCACUUUCCAUGUUGUAUUUUUUAAUUGUUUAAUAUAUUAAGGUUUCAUCUCGGUGUGAAAAGCAGAAACGUUUUACCAACUUAGUGAAUUUAAGUUUUAAAAACGGAGUCAGCACAUCCCUUUCUUGAUUUGCAUUCAACUAUUAUAGGAGCACAAUCAGCCCCUGCAGUUUCCAUUCAGAUGUUACCUCUUUUACCACUUAGUACAGGUGCCUGACACGCAAAAAAAGGGGUGGGGUUUGAUCACACAAUGGCUAGCCCACCUUGAUUUAUUUCUUUUUAAAUACAAAAUGCUGCAGAUGUAUCUUGCAGCUGGAAAACCCUAGGAAAAUGUUUUGUAGCCUGCUUUCGGAAGUCCUCUGUCAUUUGGAGCUGAUUUCUUUCCACACCAAUAUGUCUUGAUUGCAGUAGAUGGUUGUUUAAAUAUUCCUGGAGAAUAUGUUUUUAAUCAUAUGCAUGUAUUGUGUGCUUUAGAUUUGGUGAAGCUGGGCUUAAAAGCAGGCAAAGGUGGAAUAACACAAGCCUGGCCAUAUUUUGCUAAAUUGAUAUUAAUUAUGAAUUGGCUUUAUUCAGUGGCAUUCGGGAAAACCGUCAGAUGUCCCUCAGAUUAAAGUGUAAAUCCUGCAUUGUA